AUGGCCGACGGUGCUUCAGGCUCAGCGGAGAGGUCGGUUCAGGUGAAGCUCGUGCUGCUAGGUGAGGCGGCUGUUGGAAAGUCGUCGGUGGUGCUGCGAUUCGAACCCACAAUCGGCGCGGCCUUCCUCACUCAGAAGUGCCGGUUGGAGGACCGCGUCCUGCGAUAUGAGAUCUGGGAUACUGCGGGUCAGGAACGCUUCCACUCGCUCGCUCCGAUGUACUACCGUAAUGCCCAGGCUGCAGUCGUAGUCUACGAUGUCACGAAGGCCUCAAGUCUCGAGAAGGCGAAGACAUGGGUGAAGGAGCUGCAACGGCAAGCCAACCCCAACAUCGUCAUCGCUCUCGCAGGCAACAAGGUCGAUCUCGUUCAGCCAUCCUCCACCGCAUCCCCAGGUUCUGCCACACCCGAAUCGGAGGACGAGGCCGAUGAUGCUACGGCCACACCAGGCGAAGCCCCCGCUAGCGGCGAGGCGGAGAGCCUGAGGCAGGUACCGCGGGAGGAGGCUGAGGCUUACGCCCAGGAAGCCGGUCUGCUGUUCUUUGAGACUAGUGCGAAGACCGGCGAGGGUAUCGUGGAGCUGUUCACCGAAAUUGCCAAGAAGAUCCCUAUUGACCAAAUUCUUGCUUCCUCCCGAGGCGGUGCAGGUCGCCCGGGUGCCGCUGGUACUCGUGCCGGUGCCCAGGAGGGUGGUGUCAAUCUUGACGAGAACGCAGCGAAGGGCAAGGAUUCCUGUAGCUGCUAA